AUUUCUACAUAAGUGAACGUUAAAUACAUGUUUUUAGAUAAACAUUAAAGGGAAAAAAACUUUAUAAUUAAAAUCAUAAACAUCGUCUAACUUGGACUUGACUGCACGGAAUCAUUCAUUUUUUAUGCGGACGUUAUGCCUGGCUACGCUAUGCAAGAAAUUUAAGCAGACGACAUAAAUUUUACCGUCUGUGUAUGCGAUAUGCAAACAUUGCAAACGUACUAGUAAACAGCUUGCGGUGAUGGCGAAUAUAAUCAGAAAUCCGUCAACCCCGUACGUGGGCCCCAUUAACAUGGGGAUGGCAGAUGGCGCCACUAUUCACGUGAGGGGUACCACGGAGAAGCACCAUGCGGGGUUCCUUAUCAGCCUGCAGUGUGGCGGCAGUACAGACCCCAGGAGCGACUGUGCACUGGCCUUCAACCCGCGCUUCAGCGAGAAUCAGGUGGUCCGGAACAGUCUCCAAAGCGGCUCUUGGGGACCGGAAGAGCGUCACGGAGGUUUCCCUUUCCGGCACGGCGCUUCUGUUGACGUUUCCAUUGUGAUACAUGCUGGGCACUACACGGUGAAAGUGGACGGUCGCCCCUUCUGCGACUACAACCACCGCAUCCCGCUAAACCGAGUGAGCCAUAUCUCCGUGGAACAGGGGAUCCGUAUCCGGGAGAUUGUUUUCGAGGCGCCUAUGGGAUAUCCACAUCCGGCGACUGGAUAUCCCGGCGUGGGACCUGUUGGGCCGAUCCUUAAUCCGCCGACGCCGUUUGUUCACAACAUGGGGUCAAUCUACCCGGGAAAAAUGAUCUUCAUCAGUGGUAUCCCCAAUGCCAAACCAAGCAGAUUCAACAUUAACAUUGAAAGCUCACCCGAUGGACCAGAUAACGCCUUCACGUGCGACUUCCGGUUCAACUUCGGUUCAGACCGUAACGUGAUUGUGCGCAACUCGAAGCAGAACAAUAUCUGGCAAGCAGAAGAACGUGCUGUCAGUUAUUUCCCCGUGGCCCCGAACGCCUUCUUUGAGAUGAUUAUCCUUGUGGAACAGUACUGCUUUAAGGUCGCCGUGAACAACAACCAUCUAUUGGAAUACAACCACAGACUGCAGCCACUGGGCAAAUUCACGUUUCUGAGAAUCGACGGCGACGUGAGAAUCACGCAAGUGCGCUUCCAGUAAGGUCACUGACAUCAUAACGUUUCACAAAAUAUGUAUAAUAAAUCAAGCGUAAGUGUGUAAAACAAUUCUUUGGACAUAUACACUUUAUGUACGUAUUUGUGUGAUUUGGUAUGUUGAUGGCAAUGAUGAUAAGUGUAAACAUGUUAUAUGAUGAAUGAAUAACAGUCAAUAGUUAUACGUUAUUAAAAUAUUUUUUUUAAAGUGACGUCGCAUCCCAUGCAUUUUUGUUUGUCAGUGAAAUUGUUUUGAGCUAUGAUGUAUUUAUACCCAUCGUUUAUCGAAUAUAAUUAUUUUCAUUAAUUGUAAAAUUUCUAUAUUUCAAGACCUUUAAACGAAUUACAUACUACGUGUAUUUCCUAAGUAUAUUACAGGUUCACAAUAAAAAAAGAUCUGUUUUCUUUAUCUGUUUCCAUUGGUUUAAUGUUGCAAAUCUCACGUAAUUGAUGCAUUUUUAUUUUUAAUCGAUUGUAUAAAACAAGACACCUUCGAGUUUUUUCCCUGGGAAGAACAAGCAAUACUUGAUGUAUUUAGAUCUAUAGAACACUAAUAAUUCUGAAUCGUGGGAAGUAGAGAACAGCUGACACCCUAGCUAUUACACAAAUCUUAUCAAAAUCCAAAAAUAUGUUUCUCAAUGUUGGACAAAACGUAGCUUUAUUUUCUGAUGCAGCAAGAUUCAAUUUCAGGGGAAAAUCAGCUAUUUUUCGAGGACAAAAUGACUUCUUUUCUCAUAAUACGUUGCUUCAGUUUCCGUAGACAAUAUUCAAACGCCCCUUGUGGAGAUAUCUAUUGAUUAAAUGAUGGUUGUACUCGACGAGUACUUAUAUUUCGAUAUGACGUUGAGGAAAUAAAUAGUUUUGACACAGGAA